AUGGGCCGACAAUGCCAUAAUCGGAAAAUUUCCGACGUACUUCUUAAUUUGGAUGCAGCAGAGGGUCUAGUCCGUCUCCAGGAUCCGGUGACAGAGGAGAUGAUCAGAGAUAACAAUAGUGAUGAACCGUUAAAAGUGGAUGACCUUAGUAGCGAUGAUCCUUUAAAUGUUGAUGAAUAUAAUAGCGAUGAACCUUUAAAUGUGGAUGAGCAUAAUAGUGAUGAACCUUUAAAUGUUGAUGAAAAUAAUAGUGAUGAACCUUUGAAUGCUAAUGAAAAUAAUAGUGAUGAACAUUUGAAUGCUAAUGAAAAUAAUAGUGAUGAACAUUUGAAUGUAGACGAAACUAUAAAUUUAGAUAAUCCAACUGAAUGGACUGUUAUUAAUACUAAUUUAAGAGAUUUGCUUGUAGAAAAGGGACAGGUAAAGAUUUAUGAUUAUGAUUUUCCAAAAGAUGAAUAUUCUAGAAACUUUAGCUCUUCUUUUUAUAUGCAAAAAAUGGCAAAUGGGAAAAAGUACGAAAGAAAAUGGUUGCCUUACUCAAUAAAGUUAGAUAGGGUAUUUUGUUUUUGUUGCAAAUUAUUUGAUGUGAAUUCUUGUAAAAGUAAAUUAGCAAAAGGAGGUAGUAAGGAUUGGAGAAAUAUGAAUGAUAAACUAAAAAAGCAUGAAUCAAGUAAAGAACAUAUUAUGAAUAUGAGCAAAUGGUUCGAGUUAGAAUCAAGAUUAGCGAAAAAUAAUACAAUUGAUAAAGAAACUCAAAUUCUUAUAAAUAAAGAUAAGGAACAUUGGAAAGAUGUACUUAAAAGAAUUAUUGGCGUUGUAAAAAACUUUUAG